CGAAGGCCUUUGAUACGGUUACAAACAGGGUUUAGUAAGCGAAUCGGAGAGAUGAGUGAUUAGGUUUUGCAGAGAGGAGACAUCGGUCGGAUCGUGGAUAAACUUGGGUGGCUGGUCAGCGAGUGAAAAUUCUCCGGGUCAGUUGUGCAAAUUGCAGAGAAAGUAAUAAAUCAGUAGUAGAGUGGUUGUCCUCUAUCGCAAAUGCAUAUCAAUAUGAAUCCUCAGGCGCAACAUUUCGGAUUUAAAGGCAGCGAAGAAGCGAUGCCGAAACCCCAAGCGGACGAAGAGGUGGCGACAACCCUUUUGGUUCGGCAUCUCCCCGAGGCCAUUCCUCACGAAACACUCUCUCGCCUCCUCUCUCAUUACGGUGCUUCCUCUGUUCGUCCCUGCGCGGGUGGAAGAUUGAGGAAUUGUGCUUUUGUUGAUUUCAAGGACGAAACUCUGGCUUUUCAAGCACAAUCGCAACUAAACCGGUUGAGGUUUCUUGGUAAAGUAUUGUCAGUGGAGAGAGCAAGUAAACAAAUAUUGAAUAAUAAGAACCAGCAAAAUGAAGUACAACUAGGGAAAGACUUGAAUUCUCUGCCUACAUCCCAGCAAAAAGAUACUUCUUUACCUAGAAGUAUGACUAGAGGAGCCAAUGCAGACUCGUUAUCCAUCGGUGAACCUAUUGCUAAGAGACUUGGUGUUGACUAUCCAUUCCCUCCUAAUCUUGAGUAUGCAUAUCCACCUCCUGAUGGGAACAUACUGACCAACAUUGUGAAUGCUCUCAUUGCUGUUCCUCGCUUUUAUACACAGGUAUUGCAUUUGAUGAACAAAAUGAACAUUCCAGCACCAUUCCGUAUGGCACUGCCCACUCCACCUCUACCACCUUCGGUAGCUGCUGCACCACCGCCACCACCACCGCCACAGCCGCCGCCUCCUGUAGUUGCAAAGCGUCAUGUGGCAGAUCUAUCUAGUGAAGAGUCAGAAUUGGAGUCUUCAGAGGAGGGUGAUGAUGAUAACAACAAUUUCUCCAUCGGGGAUUCAAGAAUUUUGAAGCAUGGACGAAAGCGUGCAAGGCGAGAAGUUAUUGUUGGUCCAGCAAUCGAUAAAGAAGUGGCGCAUGAGGCUGUCGGAUUGAAACCGUCCACCUUGGUUCCAAAAGAGAUCCCAACGAUAAAAAAGAAUAGCUCCGUAAUAAAGAUCAAAAUUGCCCCUAAACCUGCACAUGAGCCUAAGCACGAUGAUGAAAACAAGGAAUCAGUAGAGCAAGCCAAAGAGGAUUUGGAGCAUAAACCUUAUGCUACGCCUGAGGAAAUUGAGAGUGGAAAGUUGCCACCAGAGGAAAUCUUAUCACUUCCAAUGUUUAAGAACUACUCAGCUGGCAAUCCUGCUUGUGUGUUGUACAUCAAGAACUUGGCAAAAGAUUUGGUUCCUGGAGACCUAUACUUCAUAUUUGGAUCUCUUUUUGGUAGUGUGGAGGCAGCUAAAUCUGGUCUAAAUGUUAAGUUAAUGCAGGAGGGAAGGAUGAGGGGUCAAGCUUUUGUGACGUUUCCAACAGUUGAUCUUGCCCAUCAUGCUUUGAAUCUGGUAAAUGGAUAUGUGUUUAAAGGCAAACCUAUGAUCAUCCAGUUUGGCCGGAACCCUGCAGCUGGCAAAGCAAACUAAAUAUCAAUGCGGCCACAGCUAAAAAUAUUUGGAUUUGCGGGUGUGCAUGCAGGUGUUUGUGAGGCUUUUAAUAAGCUGCAUCAUGGAAACUGUUUUGGAUGCGACUCUGCGCCCUGUUGAAGUGAUAGAUAACAAAAGUGCCCUUGUAAUACAUCAUCUAACAGCUCCAUUAUACUAGAAAUGGCUUGAA